UAUUUUGUCUGUUUAUUAAAUUGUAAUGUAUUUUUAUCGAUAUCCAUAUUAAUGCGUAAAAAUAAUUAAAACACACAAUGUCAAAUUUUACAUAGUUGUCUAUCAAGGCUUUAGUUAUAUUUAUCAACCAAAUUGCUUAGCUAUCUUCAGUCACUAAUUUAUAUUGCUCGAAUAAUUACAAAAAGUAUUCAGAAUUUCAGAAUAAGAGCAGAAAUGCUUGGAAUAUUUUCUAAUCGGACUAUCUCGAUGGUUAUAACUAUCUUAGUGCAGCUAGUAGUAUUAUGUUUUUUUAAUUGUAAAGUAUCAAGCUCACAUUUAUUAAAAAAUAAUACUCAGACUGCAAUAGCAAAAAUAAAAAAAAUUUCAUUGGUCAACCAAUCUCCGAAGUACAAUGUUUUUCCAACGUCCCAACCAGCGGAUUUAUUCUUUAAGGCGUUUGCAAACUUUUCGGUGCAACAAACUAACAACACGGUAUGUCGUGUUGAAACGAAUUUGUACAUCAGACAUUUGAAAAAUAACUCUUUUUGGGCAGUAAAAAUGUUAGAAUCUUGGAACAAGUAUCCAACUGGCAUUUUGAAUGGAGAUGUUUAUCAAAUGGGUGUUUACGAUGAAUGUAUUAAUAUUCAUAAUCCAAUUCGUGCUCAAUAUUGUUUAUCAGACAUUGUAAUAUUUCCAGCGCCAUCAAUGAGAGAUUUUUCUAAAUUUGAAUCUGAAAAUAUCAAUAGCUAUCAUAAUGCCUGGCAUCAAAUCCUUGGGUGGGUUGAUUACCAUGACCAAAGCGCUCGGAAUCAGGUUAAUUUUGGAAUUUGUAUACCUUCAUCUUGUUCAUUCACUGAUUUACAAAACACUUUACAAAUGAAGUUGGAUGAAGUUUUUCUUUCAGAAAAUGUGAAAACAGUCGUUACAGUUAAACCUACAAUGUGUUCUACAAGUAAUGAUGAAUACCAUACAACCCAUUGGUAUUACAUUAUCAGCAUUAUUUUCUACUUCAUAUUUUUUCUUUGUUGCUGUGCAACAUUUUAUCACUUUAGAAUACUGUUCGAUUAUAAAGAUACCAAAAAGAAAAAUGAGAAUCAAAGAAUUAUAUUAGCAUUCUCAGUAAUAAAAAAUGGCAAGGAAUUAUUAUCAUAUGAUAAAAACAAUGAAUUGAAUCAUUUCAACGGAUAUAAAGUAUUUACAAUGAUAUUUAUACUGUUUGGUCAUCGCUUUAUGAAAUUGACUAAUAUCCCAUUAAGUACCCCAGAAAAUUUUGAAUAUAUUUAUAAAGAUGGAUUACCUAUUUUGUUAACCAGUAUGAAUUUGGUUGAUCCUUUUUUUUUUAUGAGUGGAUUUUUAACAUACGUAAUGUUACAUUCAACAUUUAAUAGUAAAGAGCCAUUAUGGAUGAAAUUAUUUAUGCCGUUUGUAUAUAGAAUUUUAAGAAUGUUACCGUCUUAUGUUGCCGUUAUUGCUUUUACCGCGCAAAUAUUACCUCAUUUCGGAGAUGGACCAUUUUGGAAGCAAAACACAUGGAAUGAAGCAGAUAUUUGUAAUGAAUAUUGGUGGAUAAAUUUGUUAUACAUUAACAAUUUUAUUGACAGCAAAUAUCAGUGUCUCAUCGCUAGCUGGUAUAUAUCAUGUGAUGUGCAAUUUUACAUCAUUGGUGUAAUACUUGGAUAUAUAUAUACAAGAAAUCGGAAGAUCGGAAUUGGAAUACUUAGUUUUUUUUUAAUUAUUUCCUUACUAAUUCCAUUUUAUGUCACAUAUACACAAAAAUUAGAUGGGUUACUUAAAGUUGAUGUACCAUUUUUAUUGAAUCCAAGAAGUUCAAUAACAUUUGAUAAAGCUUAUAAACCUAGUUAUUUGAGAGCAACUCCGUUUUUAGUUGGAUUAGCAAUGGCAUUUUUGAUUGAAAAAUUAAAGGAAAUUAAGUUUAAAAUGUCACCUACUACAGCAUACAUAGGGAUAUUUUCUAUUACUGUAAUAGCUAUGUGGAUUCAGUUCUACGGAUCAAAAUUUUACCAAAGACAUAGACCUUAUAGCGCGAUUGAAAAUGCUCUGUACGCAAGUAUCAGCCAUUGCACGUGGCCCAUAAUUGGAUGCUGGGCAUCUAUUUGCGAAUCUACAGGAGGAUUUGGUCCUGCAGGGAAGAUAACAAAUAAUCGCUUUGUUGUUCCAUUGGGUCGCCUUUCGUAUUGUGUCUACUUGGUUAAUCUUAUUGUGAUGACGAUUUCAACGGGAUCAGAAAGGAAAAUAUUGCAUUCUUCUUAUCAAACAUUGAUACAUGCUUGGAUUUAUGAUACAUUUAAGAGCUAUUUGUUUGCUGCUGUAUUGUAUUUGUUCGUCGAUGCACCCAUUUCAGACUUAAUAAGAAUUGUAUUUCGAAGAAAGAAAAGAACACUUACUAUUCAAUCAAAUCUUAAUAGAAAAUGAAAAUUUUCUCAAAAAGAUAUUCCAAAACAUAAAUUCUGACCAAGUUAUAGAAUUAGAAAGGAUCAAAAUUAAAAAUUGUUUCAAAUACAUGCUUAAGAAAUGGAAAAUGAAUUAAGCUUGUAAUUGUUUACCCCAGUUUCCAGCAUGAUACCAUUAUUAUUGUAAAGUAACUUCAUGGCUAAUAACAUUUUUUACUGCAGUUUCACGGUGUUUAAAUACUAUCAAUGAUUUGAUAUUCAUAGUAUAUGAUAUUUAGUUCGAAUUGGUUUCAUAUUCCACUAUAAAUAAAGAAGCCGUACGACAUCAUGAAAACCAAAGAUUUGCAAUAUAUAAAUCUGAUGUAGUGCC